UGUGAGAAUGUAAAUGUAACAAUGCAAAUGGAUUGUAGGAUUGAUCACAUCGAUAGUCAUUGAGUAAGAUAACAAUUAGAAGAUUACCGAAAUGUCGUUGGUACUGUCGAGGGUGGAUUACGUCUCGGUUGGAGUGACUUCGAAGGGCACAACGCGCAUUCUGCCCUCGCACGAAGCAAAAGCCACUCAAAAAUUCGCCGUCGGAGAUCACGACGGGAUUCUCCAUGUCUUUGGAAUGAAAAAAGGAGAGCUCCAGCUGUUCUUCAAAUCCCUCCCAGGCCCGAAGAUAGAGCGUCUUGUCCUCGGGGGCUCACUAGGAAGUCCAAAAGACAAGAUUUUCAUCGCCUACGGCAACUCGGUGAAAGGCUACACGAAAAAAGGGAAGAUGUUCCUCGAGUUCGACACGAGUCUCAUUGAUCCCAUCACUUCGAUGUUCGUCCUGGGACCGGACCUGGCGGCGUGCGCUCGAGACUUAUACCACAGGUACCAAAACUGCAAGGACGCCGACUCGUACCUCGCAGGCGAAACCCUCAACGACGUGAUCCUGAUCCCGGGUGAGGGCACAUCAGUGCUCGCUAUCCUGGCCUGUGGGGACCGCGCCAUUCGCGUGCUGACCGGCACGAAGAGCCCGACGAUCCUGCGACUUCCCAGUGUCCCCACAGUGCUGGCCUCCUGGAGAGAAGACGACCGAGACUCCCGAAAUCGUCUCCUCCUAGGCACCCAGGACGGCAAGAUCGGUCUGCUGACAGUUCAGAAUGCGAAAACAAUCAGGAUAACGUGGCUGCUGACGACAGUCGCCUCUGAAGUGACUUCCCUGGACACUUACGAGCUCGAGGACGGCCUGGACAUCCUGGUGGGUCGUCAGGACGGCUCCGUGGAGGUCUUCACGUUCCCAGCCGACGAGGACACAACGCCCCUCCGUAGAUACCGCUACAGCGCAGGCGAAAGCAUCAGCACAGUGAUGGGAGGGAUCAUCGGUGCCCCAGGCUACCCCGAGAUCCUAGUGACGACGUACUCAGGGCGACUGUUCGGCCUGACGACGCGACCCCCAGGUUCCUUGGAGGCUGGAUCCAACGUCGAGGCCCAGGAGAAACUCAAAUCAGAGAUUCUUGAACUGGAGCAGAAGCUGGUGGAGGAGAGGGAGAUGUACGACUUUCCAAACGAAAGUAUAGCUCCCCUGAUCCUCUCGGUGAAUCAUCGGAUGAUUCUGGACCCGGAGACGGCGUCGUAUCAGCUGUCGAUAGAGCUCGACACCCCGAUAGACAAUGUCCUCGUACAAUCAGACACCCCAGUGGAGCUUCUCGACGAGAGCAACAGUGCAGUGGCGAGUCUAUCGGUCUGCAAUCCCCAGGAGAAUAACUUCGUUCUAGCAACCUAUCGCUGUCAGGCAAAUGUCAAUCGUCUGGAGACUCGAAUGCGCACGAUUGAGGGGCAAUCGGGUGUUCUCCAGGUUUACGUGACGACUCAGAUCCAGCCGAAGGCUUGCAGAAGGAUAAGAGUGCCGGUGUAUGCAUUGUCUCUUCACGCUAGACUCCAUGAGGAUGAGAAUCCACAGUCGUCUGGGGGGCCUUUCAAUGAGUUGAGGCUCGUGGGGGGAUUCACUGUCGCUGAGAUGCAUGCCUGGUUGUCCCUGGCGUUGCCGGACAUCUCCGAGAGGCCGCAGUUGGUUGAUGGAGAGGCCACGUUGAAUUAUAUCUCCACUUUUGUUGGGACUCUGCUGAAGUGCAGGUAUAAGAAGGGAAAUGCCAGUUUUCUCGGGGAGAAUGUGUCCACUGUGAUCAUUCUGAGGGACCUGCUGACGAGGGAGGCCACCAAGAGGAAGAUCAAGCUGGAUGUUUUUUGUGAUGUUGCUGAGGGCAGUGUCACCAGGGUCUUGGAGCUGAUUCUACCCAGGCUCGAGGCUGCUGAUGAGUUGACGCAGAAGCUGAGGAUCCUGGAUGCCCUGCAGGAGUGGGAGAUGAAGGCUGAGGCUGAAGGGAAUCUGAGUAGUGAGUAUCAGGACCUUCUGAGGCAGGAGGACGUCCUCAGACGACAGAUGGCGAAACAUCCGGAGAUCCUGGUGAGACUGCAUGGGGUCAUUACGGAUUUAUAUGUCGAUUGGGAGAGGGCUAAAGGGUCCAGGAGGAUGACCAGUGCAGUGGCUGCUGAGAAAUUGAGCUCUGCGCUCGAGAGUCGGGAUAUGGAGGCUCUUCAACUGAUUGUUCUUGGGAAAGAUGAGAAUCCAACUACACCACCUGCUAGUCUCGGUCUUGCACAGGAUCUUAUCAUCUGAUUGGAAGGAUUGAGACUGGAUGUGUUUUGUGAUGUUGCUGAGGGCAGUGUCACCAGGGUCUUGAAGCUGAUUCUACCCGGGCUCGAGGCUGCUGAUGAGUUGACGCAGAAGCUGAGGAUUCUGGAUGCCCUGCAGGAGUGGGAGAUGAAGGCUGAGGCUGAAGGGAAUUUGAGUCGUGAGUAUCAGGAGCUUUUGAGGCAGGAGGACGUCGUCAGACGACAGAUGGCGAAACAUCCGGAGAUCCUGGUGAGACUGCAUGGGGUCAUUACGGAUUUAUAUAUCGAUUGGGAGAGGGCUAGAGGGUCCAGGAGGAUGACCAGUGCAGUGGCUGCUGAGAAACUGAGUUCUGCGCUCGGGAGUCGAGCUCGAAAGACGGGCGCAUAUUGAGGCUCUUCAACAGAUUGGUCUUGGGAAAGAUGAGAACCCAACUACACCACCUGCUAGUCUCGGUCUUGCACAGGAUAUCAUCAUCUGAUUGGGAGGAUUGAGGCAAAUCUUCGUUUUGUAUAAACGUGUUCAUGUAAAAAAUAUAUUUUUAAUAUUACAUACAUCGAAUUUGCGAUAUAAAUCUU